GAGAGAGAGAGAGUGAGUGUGAGUGUGUGUGUGUGUGGAUGUAUCUGUGUGUUUAAUCUUUCUGCUGUGUGAAUAAGGUGGUUGAUAUGCGGCUAAUAAACAAAAUGAAGUGUGUGUGAUCUUGUCUUCUGAAGUCACGUUUGAUAAAACGUGAGUUUCUGUGAGAUCUCGUGUCCGUGAAAUCGUUACUACACUCGACAGGUGUGUGGUCUCGCGGUCUGUCCGAAUCGUCUAGAGUGUGCGUUCAUAGGGUUAUAAUGUUAAAAAUCAGUUGAAACGAUCCUUAUGUCUGUGGUCUCCCACAGUUUUAAAAUCAGUUAAGAUAAAAAAAAAAAAUCAUCUAGUGUGUCCUUGGCAUUAAUGGCCACAAUUUACCAUCUUCUAAUGAACUACUUCCAGCAUGAUAAUGCACCAUGUCACAAAGCAAAUGUAAUCUCAAACUGUUUUCAUGAACAUGACGAUGAGUUCAGUGGUCUUCCCAGUCACUGGCUCUUAAUCCAGUAGAACACCUUUGGGAUGUGGUAGAGUGAGAGAUACACAGCAUGAUGGUGUGUGAUGCAAUCAUGUCAAUAUGGACCAGAAUCUCACAGGAAUGUUUCCAACAUUUUGUUAAAUCCAUGCCAUGAAGAAUUGAGGGUCUUUUGAGAGCAAAGAGGGGCCCUACCAAGUAUUAGUACAGUGUUCCUAAAAAAAAAAAAAAAGGGCUUGCUGAGCGUAUUUGUUUCAUAUUGUCUGAAAUAUUCCUUCAUAGUUAUAGUUUGUUGUAAGGCAAAGAGCCAAGUGUACAAAGAUUUCAGGGUGGCAGAAAUUCCUGUUGGCACUCCUAUGUAAUUAGGUCCACAUAAUCCUUGAGUCAAGUCUUAGAUUUUCUGUGCUGCCUGGCCUUUUGUGCUUCCAGUCCUGUUAAAAUAACUCAGUGUUGGAGGCCAAGACUAACAGGCUGCUGGUUUUCCUCUGCAGAUUAGCUGGCUCUGGGCUUUUCUCUCUCAACAGUGGAGAACAUCACAGACAUCCAGCCAACUCUCUGUCUAUAAAGUGAAACUCAAGCAUGGGGAAGCAGAACAGCAAGCUGCGGCCGGAGGUGAUGCAGGACCUACUGGAGAGCACAGAUUUCACCGAGCACGAGAUCCAGGAGUGGUACAAGGGCUUCUUGCGGGACUGCCCCAGUGGCCACCUAUCUAUGGACGAGUUCAAGAAGAUCUAUGGCAACUUCUUUCCCUACGGAGAUGCCUCCAAAUUUGCUGAGCACGUGUUCCGCACCUUCGACGCCAAUGGCGACGGCACUAUAGACUUUAGGGAGUUUAUCAUUGCGCUCAGCGUCACGUCACGAGGAAAGCUGGAGCAGAAGUUGAAAUGGGCUUUCAGCAUGUAUGAUCUGGAUGGGAAUGGAUACAUCAGUAAGGCAGAGAUGCUGGAAAUCGUGCAGGCUAUUUAUAAAAUGGUUUCGUCAGUAAUGAAGAUGCCAGAGGAUGAGUCUACACCAGAGAAAAGAACAGAAAAGAUCUUUAGACAGAUGGACACCAACCGAGAUGGUAAACUGUCUCUGGAGGAGUUCAUUAAGGGAGCGAAGAGUGAUCCGUCCAUCGUGCGUCUGUUGCAGUGUGACCCCAGCAGUGCAGGACAGUUCUAAAAGCAGCAUCCACCACUUUCUCCUCCUCCAUUUUAUUUAUUUAUGGUUUUUAUUUUCAGUCUUUGAUACCAUAAUACCAGGACAUGACAGGGCCUAUUUAAACGGGUCUGUAUUGCAUCAAACUGAGCUUCACCAGAUAUAGGCAAGAGACACACACGAGAAACCCUCUCUCUCUCUCUCUCUCUCUCUCUCUCUCUCUCUCUUUCUCUCUCUCUCUCUCUCUGUCACACACAUCACACACCCUUACGUACUGUGCUCUCUCUGUGAGGCUUUCUGAUCUGAAUUAGGGGAUAUAUCUGGACUCAGGCAUGUAACUUGGACUGCCUGAUAGAAGCUCAUGUUUUAUUCAUGCAUCAGGAGGAGUUUAGAUAUUUUGCUCAAAUAAAAUUUGUACAGGAGAUGGCUAGCUUGAUGUUGCAUAAUGGAGAAGUGAAGCACUGGAAGAAGAGGUUUGGGGCCCUACUUGUGUUCUUUAUUUUAAAAGGACAGCUUGACUGCACUGUCAAGUGUCCAACAGUAUUGCUACGAGAAGACACAGCUAUACAUUUCUCACCCUUAGUUUUUGACCAGUAGUGAUUAACAACACAUCCUCACAAGAUGCCUUGUUACGUGAUUCAGUACUAGCACCAAACAAACCCAUGCAGUUAUAUAGAUUGGUAGUGUAGUUAGUUUUUUGCCUUUUUUUUUUGUUUGUUUGUUUUUUAAUAGGUCAACUUGUUUGUAACAUCAUGCAGUACCACACUGCUUUUACUGUCCUGACCUACAACAUGGUGUGGGACUUGGAGGUUUUUUGUUUUGUUCCCCCCCGAUUUAGUAUUGGCUUGCCUGAGAUGUUCUGGAUCAUCACUCUGGAUAUGCACAUAUUCUUGGCAGAGCCGUACAAUUUGGUUUAGCUUUUUAAUAUUUCAGAGGAAGUUCAUUCCCAGUAGUGACUGUUCCAGUAUCUACCCAUUUUAUUAUUAGCGUAUCAGUGUUAUUAAUCCUGACAACCAGUAUGUCAACAUUAUUGUGCAGUAUGUACAACACUACACUUUCCCCCAAAUCCCAAUAAACAUAUAACGUUUAGAAGUGCACACAUUAUUCUCCCUUGUGCUGUACUGCCUGAAGGAAAUGAAAUGAAGAAUUGUGGGACUUUUCUCUACUUUAAUAGGUCUGUAUAGCCUGUGUAUUCUUUUUUUUUUUCCAAAUAACAAAACAGGCAUGCAUGCAGAACUGUCACAUGACUAUUUUAAGACGCAACAUCCUCUUGUUUUUAGUGUUUUCAGUGGAGCAUGUUAAAUAAAUUUUUAACUGUAUAUGGAAGAGAAACUUUGUGUUACGUGUAUGCAUGCUGGUUUGUGUGUGUAUGUGUGUGGCUAUAGUGUGUCCUGGUAUUGUUUGCUCACACUGUUCUCGGUGGUGUAUCGCUUUGUCCCAGAGAGCCUGUGAGCAGCCACAACUCUGAUAUUUACAAUAGAAGACCUGAAGAUUUAUUGAUUUAAAGUUAGUAUAUGUACAUUGUAAAUCUAGUAUGAACUGUAGGUUGUAGAUAUGUAGACAUUGUCAGGUUACUGCCACACACAUACAUGUGCAAAUAGUUAUUUGUUUCAGUGGAUAACUGCUUUACCGUUGCCAUGUUGCUUUUUUUUCUUUUCUUUUCUUUUUUUUACACUAAUGUGAAUGCCUGUAAUGUUAAAACCUAAUUUAGAAUUAGCCUCCUACUACUGGAAGAGUGCAGAACAAAUUAUCAGGGUCCAAUUUCCCAAAAGCAUAAUGGUGUUCAAAUCAGUUCAUUCAUGAUGGAAAAGAUGUUUUUUGUUUUGUUUUGUUUUUUAUUGAACUUGGUACAUUAAAAUGAAUGUGAUGUAUUAGACAGUGGUUAGACAGCUGCUCUGGAAAAAUUUAGUGGCAUAACCUGCCUGUAUUCCUUAAGGUUUAACAACAUAGGAUCUGAUCUCAAUGACUCCAUUACUUCACCAUUAGACAAAUGAGUUGUUAUCGUACAGUUUGAAAACGAGAUAUCCAUUUCACUUGUAUAGUUCCUGUCGUGCUUUCAGUGUGCAUGAUAAACACAUUGGAGCUCCAGAUGCAUUCUGUUGCUGCUGCUGUUUAUUGUAAGUUUUGAAUGUUAUCGGAUACCACUGCAAAUUGUUAAAUGCCUUACUGCAGUGAUUCUCAAUUACAGUCUUGGGAACACCACGUUCUUCACAUUUGAGUUUUCCUGCUUUAACACACCUGAAUCAGCUUAUAAAGGACUUUGAUUUGGUUCAGUUGUAUUUGAGCUGGUGCUUCACAAAUAUGUGCAGAAUGUGAGGUUGUCCAGAACUGCAGCUGAGAUCUACUGCCUUGACUUUAGUACUGCUAUAUUUUUCAUUUGAUAAAUUUGCUUCCCCCCCCCCCCCCCUUUAUAAAACUGCUGUUUUGUAAAGUUGGAAAAUGUUCAAACAUCACAACUACUGCAUCAAUUUACUCAAUGGUGUAUGCUUAUGUUUCAUUUUGUAUUUCUUCUUUUUAAGAAUCACGCAUUUCUAUAUCACCGUUUAUAUCAUGUGUUUAGGUGCCAAAUAUACAGAACCAGUAUUGUAUAAAUUUAUACUGUACAAUGAUUUGUCGAACAGAAUGUUUGUAUUUGUUGCAGUUUGUUUUUUGUUUGUUAGAUUUUGUAUGGUAAUCUGUAUUUGUGGCAACGUCAACUUGAGGUAUAGAAAUCUGUUUUAGUUAUACUAUAAAGCAAAAAUUAAAUUUAGGAAAUUAAC